AUGGGCAGCGACCAACCUGUGCACGCUGCGCAGAUGGGGGAGAAGCGCCAGGCCGCCUCGAUCGCCCCGAGCUCGCUCGAGCCGCCUCACCAGCACGACUCGUCCACCUUCACGCCCGAGGAAUGGGCUCUCGACAAGGCCGCCGUUCGGCGCCUCGACUACACGGUGCUGCCAGUCUGUGCCGUCGUCUACCUGCUCAACUUUCUCGACAGGAGCAAAAUCGGCAACGCAAAAAUCGCAGGGCUCGCCGUCGACCUCAAGCUCACGCCGCAUCAGUACCUUGUAUGUAUUACCGCAUCCUACAUCUUAUAUAUCGCAGCCGAGGUCCCGUCCAACCUCCUCCUCAAGAAGGUCGGCCCCAACAUCCUCAUCCCCCUCAUGGUCACGACUUGGGGACUGUGCUGCUGCUUCACGGGCUUCGUCCGGUCCUACGGCGACCUCGUCGCGGCCCGCCUCAUUCUGGGUCUACUCGAAGGAGGUCUUUUCCCCGGCCUCGUGCUCUAUCUCAGCAUGUUCUACCGCCGCCACGAGCUGCAGACCCGCAUCUCGCUCUUCUUCUCGGCCGCAUCGCUUUCAGGAGCCUUCUCCGGGCUUUUGGCGGCUGCCAUCGUCAAGAUGGACGGGUUGGGGGGCAAGGAGGGAUGGCGAUACAUCUUCUUUUUGGAGGGAGGCGUCACCGUCGUCGUCGGCAUCGCGUGCUUCUUCCUCCUGCCCCGGUCGCCCGCACACACGCGUUUCCUCACGCCCGAGCAGCGGGCGCACGUCGUCCGCCGCCUCAAGCUCGACAGUCCCGCCGGCGCGUCCAACGACUUUGACGACAAGUUCUCGUGGCGCGAGGUGCGCAUGGCGGCGACGAGCCCGCACGUCCUGCUCAUCCUCGUCGCGCUCUUCGGCAACGGCAUCACGCUCUACGGCUUCUCCUAUUUCACACCCAGCAUUGUGAGCGCGUUCGGGUACUCGACGAUCAAGACGCAGCUCCUCACGGUCCCGCCGUUCGUCUGCGCCUUCCUCCUCACGAUGGUCAACGCCGUCAUCUCGGACCGCUACGGCCGUCGAGGACUCUGCGCCAUCCUCAUGAGCCUCCUCGCGCUCGUUGGCUACAUCAUGUUCAACCAGUCCCUCACCAUGGCGGUGCGGUACACGGCCCUCUUCUUGGCGAUCACGGGCGUGUACUCGACCUCCCCUGCUCUCGUCACCUGGCUGCCAAACAACUCGUCGGGCCACUAUCGCAAAGCGACGGCCGUCGCGUUCGGCUUCGUCAUGACAAACUCGGGCGGCAUCGCUUCGACUUGGCUCUUCCCGAGCACGCAAGGACCCGAGUAUCACCAAGCGUCGAGCGUGCUCAUCGCCAUGACGGCCAUGAUCAUCGUCUUCUGCGCCCUGAACCUCGCCUACCUCCGCCACGCGAACCGCAAGAAGGCCGAGCGACGAGCCGAGACUGGGGGCGUCAUCGACACGUCGACGUGGCACCUCGAGGGCGACCGGCACCCGCACUUCAUCUACUCGUACUGAGCGAGACGAGCGGGCGAGGUUCGAGUCGAGGGGCGAG